UGUAAAUAACAGAAAACGCAUCUGAGACCAACAAAAAGGAGAAUAUAUCUUUCAUCUCUGUUGUUGUUGUCGUCGUCGCUAGGUCACAAAUCUCCUCUUGUUUUUGUUGUUCUUUAUCUUCAAAUUCAACACAAAUCUUUGUGAUUCUGGAGAAAGUCAAGGGAGAAACCUAGACGAGAAGACUCAUGAACGGAAGGAGAUAGAUGUAAUAUUAGGGCAUCUAUUUCAAUUCGAUUUGAAUCGUCUCAGAAAAAAAAUUUCGGAAUUGUGACGUGUAUGCCAAGGAACUAGGUUAGGUUAAUUUCUAUAUUACGUGAGAUGAACGCAACAUCAAUUCCAUAGGAGAAAUCAUCAAAAACCAACAACACUUGUAAGCGGAUGAAGCAACAAGCCCUGGGGUUUAAUCUAUUAUAUGGGGCGAGCAUUGGACCCACUUGGUGCUCUCUUUCCAGAUAGCUCUUGUUGUAAAUCAAAGUAUCCACUAAACUUGAAAUGUCUUGUUCCCAGAGAAGUCUUCCCACAGAUAGGGAGAACGAUCAGGCUAUAGCAAUUCUGAAGAAAGGAGCGUAUCUUUUGAAGUACGGCAGGCGAGGGAAACCUAAAUUCUACCCUUUUCGGCUUUCGAGUGAUGAAAUCUUUUUGUUAUGGUACUGUGGCAAAACAGAGAAACGUCUUAAACUAAGUUCUGUAACAAGGAUCAUACCUGGACAGCGAACUUCAGUUUUCCGAAGAUACCCUCAACCCACCAAGGAAUACCAAUCUUUUUCUCUUAUAUAUGGCGACCGUUCUCUUGAUCUGGUAUGCAAGGACAAGGAUGAAGCCGAGUUCUGGAUCACAACCCUUCGCGCUCUUCUCUCCCGGAACUCCUCUUCCCCAUUGGUACUCCACUCGAGAAGCCGUAGCUUCGUUCCUGACUAUGGAGGAGAACAAAGUAGCAGCUCCAACAAUAACUCAAUCUCCAACAUCAGAUCCGUCAGCAGUGAUACAAGCUGCGAGGAACAUGCAAAAAAGGCUUCAGGAUCAUCUCACAUUAACACUCCACAGAGACUAGGGAAAGUCUUCUCGGAGGUCUUGUCACAAACCGCAGUACUAAGAGCACUCUCUUUGGACGAACUUGUCCAUAAACCUCACAAUGCAUCUCCCGAGACGGCUUUAGAGAAUCGACCUACUACUAAUAAUCAUUCCCCUGCUGUUGAUACAAGUAAAUGCCCCGUUGUUUCCAGCGCGGUGAGCACGUCUAGUCAAGGAUCUACUUUCGAGGACUUGAAGUCUCUCUGCGACGUCUUUGUCUGGGGAGAGAGUAUCGGAGACGGGCUAUUAGGAUGCGGUGGUGGUGUUGGUGGUGGUGGUGCUAUGCACAAAAGCGAAAGCAGCUCUUCCCUAACGGCUGAAACCUUUUUGCCCAAAGUUCUGAAAUCACACGUGGCGCUCGACGCGCAGAGCAUUUCGUGCGGCACCAAUUACGCGGUGCUGGUCACGAAGCAGGGGCAGGUGUACAGCUGGGGAGAAGAGUCCGGUGGAAGGUUAGGACAUGGAGUUUGCUCCUCCUACGUUCCGCAGCCGAAACUCAUCGAUGAGUUCGACGGAUCGUCUGUGGAGUUAGCUGACUGUGGGGAGUUUCACGCUUGCGCCGUAACAUCCUCCGGGGAUUUAUACACUUGGGGGGAUGGAGCUCACAACGCUGGUCUCCUCGGACUCGGUAGCGAAGCUAGCCAUUGGAAACCGGUGCGGAUCCUCGGACAGAUGGAAGGUGUGAAUGUUAAAACCAUCUCUUGCGGGCCUUGGCAUACGGCUUUUGUGACAUCGGAAGGUAAGCUGUUUACGUACGGUGACGGUACUUUCGGUGCGCUCGGACACGGAGAUCGUGUCAGCACGAGCGCACCGAGAGAAGCCGAGGCGCUGAGCGGGUGCAGGACGAUAAAGAUCGCUUGUGGCGUCUGGCAUUCGGCUGCCGUUGUCAGCGUUUUCGGCGACGAGGCGGCGGCGUCGGGGAAGCUCUUCACGUGGGGUGAUGGAGAGGAUGGGAAACUAGGACAUGGGGACAAAGAGUCUAGGCUGAUCCCAUCAUGUGUAACUGAGCUGGAUGCAACCAGCUUUCAGCAGGUAGCUUGCGGGCAGAGCGUAACCGUUGCUCUCUCUACCUCUGGACAAGUCUACGCGAUGGGAGUCGUCGAUCCGGGCCACGAAAACGUCGUGAGACCUCCUUCCUGCGUCGAAGGAGGAGGUCUAGGAAAGAGCUGUUGCUCCGUGCAAGAAGUGGCUUGCGGGUUUCACCAUAUCGCGGUUUUGACUUCGAAAGCCGAGGUUUAUACUUGGGGCAGAGGAUCGAACGGACAGCUCGGUCAUGGCGAUACCGAGUACAAACGUCUGCCGACGCUCGUGAGGGCCUUGAAAGGCAAACAGGUGAGGAAAGUGGUGUGUGGGUCUAACUACACAGCCACCAUCUGUCUUCACAAACCGAUCACCGGUACGGAUAGCUCCAGGUGUUCCGGAUGUCGACAUCCUUUCAACUACAUGAGGAAGCUGCACAACUGUUACAACUGCGGGAGCGUCUUCUGUAACGCGUGCACUAGCAAGAAGUCGUUAGCAGCGGCCAUGGCUCCCAAGACCAACAGGCCUUACCGUGUCUGCGACGACUGCUACGUCAAACUCGAAGGAGUCAGAGAGUAUUUAGGAACUCCAGCCAACAACAGCAGCAGUGCUAGAUUCUCGAACGCGAGUCUACAGUCUAGCGUUAACGAGACGGAGGAUUUCGGCGCGACGCCGCAGCGUCAGCUUCUUAGAGUGGACUCGUUUGAUUUCUUCAGACAGUCGAAGAUCCCUGAUCUUAAGACCAUAGGCGAAACUUCGGGAGCCUCUUCUUCUUCGAGUAGUUUUAACCUGAAAGGGAUACGGCAGCUCUCGAGGCUCGCUUCUUUUGAUUCUGUUAAUCAAGAAGGUAAACAACGUACCAAGCACUGCGCUUCGAAAUCGGACACGUCAUCUCUUGUGAGACACUCUGUGACUUGCGGUCUCCCGUUUUCGCGUAGAGGCUCUGUCGAGUUGUUUCCUUUGUCGAUAAAAUCGAGCCCGGUUGAAUCCGUUGGGAACACUUCGGACUUCGCCACCGACAUAACGGAUACGGAGUUGAUGCAAGAAGGGACAAAGAAAUCGAAUCAGUGUCUUAACCAGGAGAUAUCAGUACUCAAAGCACAGGUGGAAGAGCUUACUCGGAAAACAAAACAGCUAGAAGGAGAACUUGGAACGACAUCGAAGAAGCUUGAAGUUGCGGUGUUAAUGCAGCGUGAUGAUGCAGAGAAGAUCAAAACUUCAGAAGAGAUGGUCAGGUCCCUAACUCUGCAGUUGAUGGACGCGACCAAGAAAGGAGUAGACAAGACAAGGAGACGCCGAAGCUCGUUUUGAUGUAAACCUUUUUUUAACUAGAAAACAACAAAGCAAAGAAACAGGGGAUUAGAUUGGAGAAUAAUAAAGCUCUUACCAAAUUACAUAUUACAUUUUUUUGUAUAAUAUUUUAUUUAACUACAGAAAACGCACUUCACUAGUGUCAGAAACUGAUA